GUCAUCUUUUUACCCGUGUAAUGUCUGAUUUCUGCGUCCCACAUGCUUAGGGGUAACCGAAUAAAGAAAAAAUUAAAGAAUCCUCGCACGAGAAGAAAAGUACGAGUGUUGUUAGACUUAAAUGUGAAGUAGAAAGUGGAUCAUUGUCGCGAGGUUCUCGUCCAUCUGGUCUGAUCUGGUUUAUUGCAGUUAAAACCACAUUUUGGUCUCACUUUCCCUCUAUUUACGAGUUUAAUUGUGUAUUUUAAAGACUUUGUUUUAUUAUUUACAUAUUAUUAUUAUUAGUGUUUUGUGGUGAUAUUAUUUUAAAACGCCGUAAAAAUGUCUGAGGAAUCGUCAGCCGAUCGCAAUGUUGAAAUUUGGAAGAUCAAGAAACUUAUCAAAAGCUUGGAAAUGGCUAGGGGGAAUGGUACAUCAAUGAUAUCCCUCAUCAUUCCGCCUAAAGAUCAAAUCUCUCGUGUGUCAAAGAUGUUGGCGGACGAGUUUGGCACAGCCUCCAACAUCAAAUCAAGAGUGAAUCGCCUAUCUGUGCUAGGAGCUAUCACUUCCGUACAACAUCGGUUGAAGCUUUAUACGAAAGUUCCACCCAACGGCCUGGUAAUAUAUUGCGGUACAAUAGUGACCGAAGAAGGUAAGGAGAAGAAGGUGAAUAUCGACUUUGAACCUUUCAAGCCGAUCAACACGUCUCUUUACCUAUGCGACAACAAGUUUCACACAGAGGCGUUGACCGCGCUUUUGGCUGACGACAACAAGUUUGGUUUCAUUGUUAUGGAUGGUAAUGGCGCUCUGUUCGGUACAUUGCAAGGAAAUACUAGAGAGGUACUCCACAAAUUCACAGUCGACCUUCCAAAGAAGCACGGCCGCGGAGGUCAGUCCGCGUUGCGUUUCGCGCGUCUGCGCAUGGAGAAGCGUCACAACUACGUACGCAAAGUGGCUGAAGUGGCGACGCAGCUGUUCAUCAGCGCCGACCGGACCAACGUAGCUGGUCUCAUCCUCGCCGGUUCCGCUGACUUCAAGACCGAGCUAUCGCAGUCCGACAUGUUUGAUCCCGUGAGUAUUUGUAGAGAUCCGAGAUACGUGCUGAAGCAGCACGCAACCAACCAGGAGACCAUUCUUCAUCUCACCCCCGAGCAGGAGAAGGACAAGUCGCACUUCACAGACAAAGAGACGGGCGUGGAAUUGGAGCUAGUGGAGUGCCAGCCCCUGUUGGAGUGGCUGGCGAACAACUACAAGUCCUUCGGUGCCACACUCGAGAUCAUCACUGACAAAAGUCAGGAGGGCAGCCAGUUUGUGCGCGGCUUUGGUGGCAUUGGCGGACUCUUGCGCUACAAAGUGGACUUCCAAUCAAUGCAGCUGGACGAUGAGGAGAUUGACAACCUGUACGACGUCGACGAUUACUAAACGCGUCCGUAAUUUCUGUCCACCCCGUCGCAGUCUGUUGUGUUUCACUCAAUGCGACUGUGCAAUUGUAGUUCUAGUAGUAAAAUUUUAACAUUAAACGGACGUCCCGAUGCAAGGCACGGGUCUUCUACGAAUAGGGUCAGGAUGUUUUGGUUUACUGUUGAUGUUAGUUGCAGUCAAUAUGUAUAUAUGCAACUGUAAUGACCCGUAAACGUUCCACUGUAAUAAUUAUUUGCACAAAAAUCCAUCUUUUAAGUAAAACACAACACACUAAAAUGGAUUAGGGUG